AUGCGAUAUGUCUCCUCUGUACACUCUGGUAGCUCAUUAUUAUUUUUGUCGGCACUCUGCAAAGCCUCGAAUGUGUAUUGGACGAAGAUGUAGGGUACAUCUCUAAGAUGAUGCUAUACAAGUGUAGUAUAUGUUAUAUAAAUGUAGACUAGUCACUGUAUAUUUUUGAAUUAGGCUACAGUUGCCUUGUGUGCCUGGCUACGUUGGAUUAACUGGAGAAGCUAGGAUCAUCGGUCGCGCCCUUGUGGGCUUUGACUUGUCUAUCAUAUUCACAGGGAGUGAGUAUCAAAAUGAGGGAUGCCGAAGGAGUCGUUUUUGGACAAGAUGCGGACAGAAUGGUUGGGGCAGUGCUUCGUAGGAUGCUGAGGCUUUUCGAUGGUGGAUUCUUGUGGAUGGGAAAUGCUCCCUAAUCUUCCCUGCCCUCCUCCUCCCUCUCCUGAAAACCCCAAUCCCUCCAUCUCUCGUUCUCACUUUCUCCAUCACUACAUCACUCCCUGGUCGCCAUGACGUCCGCGCUGCAAACGCUGGGGCUUAAGCUGGCCCCGCCCCCUCAGGACCUAAACCCUGAGCGGUUGGACGGCUGCGAGGAGACGGGCCGGCGCUACAAAGUGGUUCCCUCCGUCGUGUGCUCCAUGUGUUGCCUCUUCGGCAUCAUCUACUGCUUCUUCGGCUACCGUUGUUUCAAGGCGGUGAUGUUCCUGACGGGCCUGAUGUUUGGCUCCAUCGUCAUCUUCCUGUUGUGUUAUAAGGAGCGCGUCCUGGACACCCAGCUCAGUGUUGAGGCCUCUGUGGGCAUCGGCCUGGGCAUCGGCACCCUCUGCGGCCUGGUCACCAUGCUGGUUCGCUCCGUGGGUCUCUUCAUGGUGGGUCUCCUCCUGGGCCUCUUGGUGGCUGUGGCCACCCUGGUGGGCAUGGAAGAGCUGUCCAACAGCCCCCCGAGGUCGGUCUGGGUCCCCCUGGGGGUGCUGCUCGGCCUGGGCAUGCUGUUCGCCGUUCUCACCCUCCAAUGGCAGCGCUUCUUCACCACCGUGUCCACGGCCGUGUUCGGGGCGGCGGUGAUCACCGUGGCGCUGGACUACUUUGUGGAGCUGUUUGCCCUGGUGCUGUACCUGUACGAGAGGGUGAAAGCGGCGCCCAGGGGGAGACCCGUCUGCUGGAUCACCUGGGUGGUGCUGGGGGUGUGGCCUGUUCUGACGCUCCUGGGGGUGCUAAUACAGUGGAAGGUGACAGCAGAAGGAUACUCCCACACCAAGGUGAUAAUCAGUCGUCAGCAGCGUCGGGUCCAGCUGAUGCGUAUCCGUCAGAAGGAGGAGCGGAGGGACCGCAGCAGGAAGAGGAAGAAUAAGCAACAGAGAGACUCCACCCACAGCUCUCACCCUCCCAAACCCCUGCACCCCGAGCCCGCCUAUCGCAGGAAACCCAACCCUAUACGACGCUUUGACGGGGACGUCCUAUCGCCUAGUUACAUCCAGAGUUUCCGGGACAGACAGGUGGAGGCUAGGCCGUAUCCUGGAGGGGGCAGACUGAUGGGGGGAGGAGGGGCUCACACCAAUGUGGAUGUGGACUAUGACUGCGGCUCCACCACGCCCCUCACUGCGGCGGCAGGCCCCUUACUACGAGUCUGAACACUCCCCUAACCACUGGUCCGACCACACCCCCAGAAACCUGUACAGCAGUAUGAAUCUGGCAGCCACAUCACACCCCCCAAAAGGUGUGACCACACCCCCAUAGGCCUGUAUUGCAGUUUAGGUCUGACUGACCACUCCCCCACCACAAUGCUGGAGCCAAUCAGAGUAUGUGAAUAGUAAAGGCCUGAACUCCUUUUUCUGUUUCACACACACACACCAGCCACAUGCAUGAAAAUACUGUACACACAUCCACAAACACUGCAGUGGAACUGGACCUGGUGAACAGAGAGAGAAAUACAGGGCCUCCAACUGGAUGGAUAGAUGUUACCUGAGGCUUCUCUCUCUCCAUCCAGUCUCCAUCAGGACACAGUUUAAAGAAGCAUGGCUCAGGUUUCGAACGAGGCAUCGUUUUACCACGGACACCGGAUUACAAUCCUCUCUUCAGGAUUUUGAAAAGAUUUUAAAGUGUGUCUGCUCCGGCAGUCUUAAUUCCUCAAAUCGUUCCCUGUCGUCAACAGGCAGUUCCUUUUGUACUGCAUUUCUACGGUUCCAUCCUUCUAUGGAGUUGGGACCUUCUGAUGAGAACUGACUAGUAAUAAACACCCCUGCUCUGUGCCAUGCUCUGUGCCAUGCCAGCCCAACAACAGAUCACCUCCUGGGAAGGAGAAGAAUAUGUCUUUUAAGAGGAAGCAUUAUGCAUUCUUGGUGCUGGACGAUAUCCGUCUUUGGAAAGCAGUUUGAACUCCCCCUUCUUUAAUGGAAGUUGGGAGAUCCGGUGGAUUUAUGGGUGCCUUGUGAUUGCCCUUACUUGGACUGUACCAUUCAGCGGUGGGAUAGGGGUUAUCGGCAGUGGUCACUGAAUGAGACAUGUGAGAGACUAUAUGAUAACGUGCUAUAUUAUUAUAGUGACAGACAACAAAUUUGUUGCGAUAGGAAUGAGGGUAGGCCUAUGUCUAGCAGAGGAGCAACAGUGAACCAAUCAGGGAGCAAGCAAGGAAACAGUGGAUUGGUCUAACCUGCCCGGGGCCCUACCAAAAGGAACACUACAGGAAGUCAGCACAGGGUCAGUAAGGGGUCAAUAAAGAGUUCAAUAAAGAGUUCAAAACAGAAAGGGGUCAGAAUAAACGAUCGACCAAUACAACGAGAGUAUUGACCACUCUACAGAGAGGACCAUUCAGGUCACAGAGGAUAGCCUAACAAAGAACCCCCUACAUAAUGUGCAUUGGUGUUCUGAAUAUGGGUUAAAACAUUCUGUCUGUAGUGUAUCAGUAAAUUACAGGACGUCUAUGGUUUAUUAUUGUCUUUGACUCAGACUGUGAUAAUAUAAUACAGGCUUGAUGUUGUUAUUAUUAGGAUUGCCCCAUUGGGCUGUGGGGUCAGGACAUGGUAUAAGAAUCGGAAGUUCCUUUCCCAGAAUCUUCCAGGGGAAACCUACCUGGCUGCAUGACUCAGUGGUUCCUUCCUGUUCCUGUCCCCCUCUCUUAUCUGUCUCCCGUGGCAUUGUCCUCCUCACCUCACCAGACAAUGGUUCCUAUCCCCCUCUAGCCUGAUCGCCCCACAUCUAACAACCACGUGCAUAGUUCGUAACACUUCUCAUGAAUGGCUUCUUAAUAAUGCAUUAUAAGCACAUGUAUAAUGCCUUAUGAGCUAUGUAUAAUGCACUAUAAUGCAUAGAGAUUAAAUUGAUAUUCAUGAGCACUUAUUAUGCGCUUAUUGUACAUUAUGAAGAGCGCAUUCAUAGGAAGUGUUAGCAAAUUAGCCUGAGUGCCAGUCUUGUUUAAGCCAUCAUGUCAACUCCUUGCCACUCAAUGUCUUGUCAAACAUGCUUUAGCGUGACAAGGAGUUGGCUUGGUAGCACAAGCAGAUCUGGGACCAGGCUAUGACAGAGAUGGCGGUACAGCACAAACAGUAGAGAUGUGUAACUCCUCACUGUCUCCCUCCGGUGUGCAUUCUUCUGACCUUCUGUCUUGUACAUAAACAAUGUUACAGUACUUUUUUCCUUGUAUUUCUUGCUUAAUUUGAUUGUUUUAGUUUUUCUCAUGGGUUUAUUUUAGGAUACUUGGUUUUAUUUAUAUGAAAUAAUGUGUCCUUUCUGAAGUACUGUAUGUAUAUUUAUUUAUCAGGUAAUUUAUUGACAUCUUUUGACUUCAGGAGUGCAGCCUCAUAAAUGUAGGCUGGUGAUAUUCCAUGCUUCUUAUUAAAAGUAUUAUUAUUAUUAUUAUUAUUAAAGCAUGUGUUUUUAUGGGCCUAUAUAUGAUAAACAAAGUGAUUCUACAA